UUAGGGCUUUCAUAUAUAAGAGCAGCUUUGAAAUACAGAACCACAGAUCAUUUCAUAAAGAGAAAAACAUGAAGUUGUAUCUGUAUCAAACCAUCUUUACACUUUUGGUGGCAGUUUACUGCGUGGAACUCUUUAAAGGAGACCAAGUUCUCAGAAUCCAUGCGAAAACUGAGGACCACCUUGAGGUUCUGUAUGAGUUGAGAGGAAACCAGGAGCUGGAUUUCUGGACUGAUGGCAUCUCUACCACUCUGCCUAUUGAUGUCCUUGUGCCUCACGCCAGUCUGUCCGAUGUUAAAAACAUCCUCAAUGCAAACAAGAUCCCUUUCACUGUCAUGAUCAACAAUGUGCAGGAACUUCUGGAUAAGGAGAAAGCCGAGAUGGAGAGUAAUGCACGGAUGGAGAGCAGUAGCAAGAUCUUUAACUUUGCUGCUUAUCACACCCUGGAUGAAAUUUACAGUUGGAUGGAUACUCUUGUUGCGGCUCACUCUAAUGUCGUCUCUAAAGUGGAGAUUGGCAAGUCUUAUGAGAACCGGCCCAUGUAUGUCCUCAAGUUCAGCACAGGUGGAGCGAGAAAACCAGCUAUUUGGAUUGACGCGGGCAUCCAUGCCAGAGAGUGGAUUUCCCCUGCAACUGCAGUGUGGAUUGCCAACCGGAUUGCCAGAGAUUUUGCAAAUAAUCGUGGCCUUGUGCCUAAAAUCCUUAGAGUAAUGGAUAUCUACAUGCUGACUGUGACAAACCCAGAUGGAUACGUCUUCUCCCACACAAAUCACCGCAUGUGGCGUAAAAACCGCUCUGUGACCCCUAACCCGAAAUGCCGUGGCGUUGACCUCAACCGGAACUGGAACGCUAAAUUUGGGGGGCCUGGAUCCAGCAAUGACCCCUGUGAAGAAGACUACCACGGCCCGUAUGUCAACUCUGAGAUCGAAGUGAAAAACAUUGUGGAUCUUAUCAAGAGACACGGCAACUUCAAAUCUUUUAUCUCCAUUCACGCUUACUCUCAGCUCUUAAUGUAUCCGUACGGCUACACUUGCAAAGAUGCUCCUGAUCAGUCUGAGCUUCAUACUGUAGGCACCGCUGCAGCCAGUAAACUCAGUUCUCUGUACAACACCACAUAUGAAGUUGGAAGCAUCUGCAAUAUUAUCUACCCAGCUAGUGGUGGAAGCAUCGACUGGACUUAUGACAUUGGCAUUAAAUAUUCGUUCACUUUUGAGCUGCGGGACACCGGCGUCAAUGGUUUUCUUUUACCUGCCAACCAGAUCAUUCCCACUGCAAGGGAGACCUGGCUUGCUCUUAAAUAUAUGAUGAAAUAUGUUAGUAAUCAUCCUUAUUGAGAACAAAAUCAAAAUUAUUAAAGUUAGAAAUAAAGAUGGCAAUGCAAACAAUA